UUCCCGUUGACCUUGUUCUUAUACAUCACAUCUAAUGCCUCCUCGCACGACGCUUUCCACGCGCGUUGCACGCGCCGUGGACGCUGAAGGAUACAUCUGUCCAUCGUGUCUCUUCACAAAUCGCACGCGACCGCAGCAACUUCAACAACGCCAAUCGCAGCGCCCCAACCACUCCCGAACGGCGGCAGCGACACGUUCUCUCACGAUCAAGACUCAAAAACCAUUUACUACCAAUGGAACCUACAGACAGAGACUCCGCCAGCCUAAAAGCCUCCCUCAGGCUUCACGUUCCUAUGCUUCGCUCGCCUCCUCCACAGCGAUCAAUGCCCCCACAUCCAUACCCGAAUCCCUCAAGCCUCUCUACCAAGCCCUUCAACAACUAGAGAAGUCCUCAACAUCAAGCUACAUCGAUCUUGCGCGCCUGCAACUCGCUCUUCGAUCUCUUGAGUCAGAGGAUCCUGUGAUACGCAUUGCUUUCCUCGGCUUGGGAGAGAAGGGUGAGAAGGCUGCAAGGAGGUUGGUAAGAGUUCUGUUGGCAGACGCGUUGAGUGAUGGAGUGGAAAGCUGGGAGAAACAAAUCUUGGAGGGUGAUGGGACGGGGACGUUAUUAGUGAGAUAUGGAGAAGAGGUGGAAGAUGUGGGUGUUAGUGGAGGCGGAAACACAGGUAGAGGGAGGGAGCUGAGGGUCUCAAGUCCGCUGCUGAGAAAAGCUGGAAUGGAGAUUUUGAUUACGGGGUUGAAUGCUGCAAAGUCUGCUUCGCAGGAUGGUGUCCCGGAGGAGGAGAGGCUACGCGAGUGGGAGGAUAGUUUGUUGGUACCUGCGCUGACAAUUCCCGGGGCGGGAGGAAGAGUGGGGUUUGUGAGGUAUCCUGUGCACAAGACGAUUGUUGUCGCUGAAGGUGUGAGCGGGGCCGUGGAGUUGGGCAGGAUGCCAAGGGGACUGGAGCAGAACGGAAUGAUACAGAGUGCGGUUUCCUUGCCUUUGAGAACAGACGGUACCACAGAGAUGGGUGGCCAAGAUGGGAAUGUCGUGGACAUCGGUUUGGCGGAACAUGCUCUUGCACUGUUCAGAGAGAACAGAGCCAAUGGAGCUGUGUUCAGCAGGGAAUGGCAGGCGAGUAAGGUGGGCACUGUGGCAACCUGGCUAUCGAAUAGCUCGAAGACUGGCGAGGGAGACGAUUAUCUGAAGCCUGCUGUCCGAGAUUUGCUGGAUUCGCUGCUUCACAGAACGGAAACUGCUGUCCAAGCAGCAGACGGCAGUGCUCUGGAAGUUUACGAAGCACAAUCUGUCCCGAGCUCGAAACGAGGCGACCUUCAAGAAGCUGUGGCGACUUGGUCGAAAGAUGCGCAUCAUGACCUGCAGACCAACUUGUCGACGGCUUUCCUGGGACCUGCUUGGAAGCGCACCGUAUGGUGGCGGCUGUUCUGGAGAAUCGAUGAAGUAUCAAUCUCCGCUUCAGAUGUCCUUCGGCGAGGCUGGCUUGUCGAGGCAGAACAAAACCUGGCUUUCCUCUCAGGCCGACUUCUGGAAGCUGGUGUUGCUACAGAAAAUCAACUUCGUGGAAUAUCUCAGCCGAUCGAAGACGAAGAUAAGUCUUCUGAGGCAGUGACCACUGCGACAAGCGGCAAGACUCUUCUUGACGAACGCACGGAAAAAGAAAUGGCGGACUACGAUGGCGUGCAGCAGGGCAUUCUGAAAGAUGGCCGGCCGGAGACGGUAGCAGAGUUGAUGCAACUGCCUCCUCUCCUCUCCAAAAUCCGAGAAGAGACUGGUCUCAAUGCGCUCUUCAAUCCUCCUUGGCCGCAGACGAUUAAUCUCGCACGCGAACAGAUCCUUCAUGAGAUGGUUCCGAAUUUGCACGCAAAGGCCCAGCGCCUCAUGCUUGCGUCCCUGUCUACAAUGGGUGGGUCCAGCGCACUCGCUGCUUGGCUGUGGGUUGCGAGCGGAGGUGUUGCACUCUAUGAGAGUGGUGCUAUUGCGGCUUUUGGGCUUGUCUGGGCAUUGCGGAGAUUGCAGAGCAAAUACGGGAAGGAAAGAGAAGUAUUUGCUGGCACGGUGAGAGAAGAUGCGAGGAGAGUCUUGGCUGAUGUGGAAGGGAGGAUGUUGAGGCUGGUGAGGGAUGGAGGAAGAGCAGACCUCAGAGUGGAGGAUCAGAAGGAACGAGAGGAGGCGAAGAGGACGCUUGAGGCUGUACGAGCGGUAUUGGAGAAGGUGGGCAAAGCUGACAAGUGAGAGGUGGCAUCCUGCGGGCAAGAAAUAUGCCCUGCCGCUGCGCAGCGAAAACGACAUGUGUUCUCCGCUGAUAUGGGCGCAGAGAUCAGUAUGGAACACAGCUACAACAACUCUAGCAUGUUUGCCAUAUCAUCCGUGAAGCCAGCUCGGCAAACAACACGAUCAAUAUGCUACACAGAUCGUGGCCACCACGGUACAGCAAGCAAUGCGAACAGUUCAUGUAUAUCACCGCUGUGAAUGCAUUUCUCAGAC